AUGGAGUACUUCAAGAUGUACCACCGCAAGCCCCGGACUGAGGGCGAGCGCGAAAACCUCUACGGACGCAUCCGCACCAUCGCUUACUGGCUCGACUCCUUCGCCAGCAUCGGCGGACUCUCCGUCGGCCUCGAGUCCAUCGUCGGCUUCAUCCCCAUCAUCGGCGACUUUCUUGGGCUGUUCGCUUCGCUGUACCAGAUCUAUCUUUGCUACAUCCUCGGCAUCCCCAUUAACAUUAUGAUGCGCAUGAUGGCGAACGUACUAGUCGAUUUUGUAGUGGGCUUGAUUCCCUGGAUCGGCGAUAUCCUCGAUAUCUUUUACAAGUCAAACCAGUACAACCUGACCAUCCUCAGUACCUGGCUGAUAGAGAAUCGAUUGGUGGAUGUGCACAGGUACAAUCGGGAGCACCCUCUCUCGAACGGAACGGAGCCCGAGGGACGCAACCGGUCCCGACCCCGCAGGGCACCCGCUGCAGGUGUCGGCACGGAAUCCUCACGUGGCUUCUAA